CGGAAUGUUGCUGAAGCAUUGAGGUUGUAUAUUCCUCUGGAAUGAAGACUUUUCUGCUGCUUCUGUACCUCGGCUUCUUUCUUUUCUUCUUCCUCUUCUUUGUUCCAACCCGAGCCACCAGCUCCAUCGUUUUUGCCACUCUCGGCCGUAGCCUUUACGGCUUCGACAUCUUCGCUACCUAUAUAUCUUCCUCCUCCUCCGAGCCCGAGCUCCAGCUCACAGAUUGCGUCUCUAUCAACUAUAAUGGCUUCUUCCCCUCAUCCCCUUCUACUCUCCUAUCACUCAUCGACCCUUCCUCUUAUACUGUUCUCACUGAACCCAUCGACGCCCUCAUCUAUGUGACAGAGCGCGGAGGCCACUCCACCAUCUACGUCGACUUCUUCUCCACCUCAUCAUCCCCAUCAAAUCGACGCGAGACAAUAGAGCUUCCCAUCCGACUCCAGUUCCCACUUCUUCCCGCAUCCGAUGGCCGACCCUCUGUCUCCAUGAAGGACCGUCCGUCCCUCUUUGGUGAUCGCCUCAUAUUCGUCUCCACCCAUGAGCGCUCUCACUCUCCGAGGCAAAGUUGGGCUGCGGUUUACUCCACCCACCUCCCUACUGGCGUCACCACCCGCCUCACCCCUGAUGGCAUCGCCGACUUCAGCCCCGCCGUCUCCACGUCAGGUCGAUGGACGGCAGUCGCCUCUUCAGGUGAGCGAGGAUGGACGGGGGAGGUACAGGAACUGAAAACUGACAUCUACAUCUUCAAAACUAGCGAUGCAUCGGCGCGGACUUUGGUUGUCAGGCAUGGAGGAUGGCCUUGUUGGGCCGACGAUUCCACCAUCUACUUCCAUCGUCAGAGCUCAGAUGGAUGGUGGAGUGUUUACAGAGCAGCUAUAACGACUCAAGGAGAUGUCCCUGGUCUGAUCUCCAUUGACAGGAUAACUCCACCAGGCUUUCAUGCCUUCACCCCGGCGGUGAGUGCGACUGCUCCAGAGCUUAUAGCCGUGGCGACGAGGAGAACCAGCUCCCAGUUUCGGCACAUUGAGCUCAUAGAUGUCAGAGAUGGAAGGAAUGCUUAUAUUGAGGUUACUAGAGUUAUUUCCCCUAAUGCUCACCACUUCAACCCCUUCUUCUCUCCGGAUGCCCGCAGGAUUGGCUAUCAUAGAUGUCGAGGCAGCCAGAACAACGGCAACCCCCCAUGGCUUCUGGAGAACAUCAAAAGCGUGUCCCCGGAUACAUUCUCACUGUUCAGAAUUGAUGGGACUUUUCCUUCUUUCUCACCUGAUGGCACGCGAAUUGCCUAUGUGAGUUCUCAUAGCGUCUAUGUUGUCAAUUCUGAUGGCUCUAAUCCUCGAGAGGUUUACAGUGGUAAUGCUUUUUCUACUGCUUGGGAUUGGAAGAGAAAAGGGGUUAUUUACACUAGCCAUGGUCCUUCUUUUGCUGAAGAAAGUGCUGGAGUUGAUAUCAUUUCGAUUACUCUUAGCGAAGAUGAUGACAAAGCUGAACCUUUUGUCAAGAAGCUAACUUUAGGAGGGAAGAACAAUGCCUUUCCUUCUCCAUCACCCGAUGGCAAGUGGGUGGUGUUUCGUUCCGGCCGGUCAGGUUUCAAGAAUCUCUAUAUAAUGGAUUCUAUUGAAGGAGAAAGCGCAGGAAUUUACCAGCUCACAGAAGGUCCAUGGAGUGACACCAUGUGUAAUUGGUCUCCUGAUGGAGAAUGGAUUGCCUUUGCUUCUGAUAGGGAUAACCCUGAAAAAGGAAGCUUCUCUAUCUACUUGGUGCACCCAAAUGGAACUGGAUUGAGGAAAGUUGUUCAUAGUGGGGAUGGAGGAAGGACAAAUCAUCCUUGGUUUGGCCCGGACUCUAAUAGUUUGGUGUUCACAUCAGAGUAUGCUGGGAUCUCAUCAGAGCCUAUCUCGAAUCCUCACCAUUACCAACCAGCUGGUGAAAUUUUCACAGUAAAUAUCGAUGGCACUGAGAUAAGGCGUCUCACACAUGACUCCUAUGAAGAUGGUACUCCGACAUGGACUUCCUUCUUCUUGAAGCCGUCUGAUGUUGUAGAAUCUUUGCAGGGUGUUACUUUUUGCAACUUUGAUGACUGUCACUGGCUCAGCUUGCCGAACCAAUUCAAUGAUGUGUUGAAUGGAACCAUUUGCUAAGUAAUUUUGAGCAAAUUUAGUAUGCGUAGAUGCUUGGAGAAUUUUCAUUGUUUUGGCCAUGUUCUUAUUGGGCAACAUAUAGGCUCUAUAUGUAAACAAAGGAUAUUUGAGUGUAUGGAUGCUGCAGCUUCGCUGACACAUAAUUCAGCUAAAUGAUUUGCUUGUUAUUCUGGAGAUUUUUGUAAGACAAAUUUAUACACGUAUCAUAUAUGCAGGCUUAAAACUUA